UAUGGACCCCAUACAUAGUUGUGUUGUGUAUAGAAAUCCAGACAGGUCAGUCUGAGGAAGCUAUUUGCCUGAAACUGAAAGUAGUUCUCAGGGUUCAGAAUUCAAAGCGUUACCAACAGAUACAAAACGUAGAAUAAAGUUUUCAUUUUCUUUGAAACCCUAUUGGUUCUGAAGUUUCAUCGAAGCUUCUCCAUGGUUUACCAAAAUCGAGAGGAAAAGAGAAGCCAAAAGAGGCUUCUUUAUUCAACAAAAGUAAUAGAAGCAAAGCAAGAAAAGUAAUCCAUGGAAGUCUGUCCUACCUCUAUUAUUUGAUCAGUUUUUGAAGGCAGGCAAAAAAUUUGGCAUUUGAACAAGAUCCCUACCACUAGUUCUACUCAUUCAACUUUGCAAAAAAAAAAUGAAGUGUUUUCAGUAUUACUUCAAGGACAAAUCAAGAAGCAGGGGACGAAGAUCAGCACCGGAAUUGAAACAGCGAAGUACAACGAAGACCGAUGAUUCUUUAUGCACUACUGAUGGGAUGAUCAAGUCUUCAUGCUCAGAAACUUCACAGAGAGGUAUAUCAGAAAUGUAUGAAGAGAAGGCUCAUAAUCUGAGAGUCUUUUCUUUCUCAGAGCUCAGAAAUGCAACUAAUGGUUUCAGUAGGCUGUUUAAGAUUGGGGAAGGUGGAUUUGGUAAUGUCUAUAAAGGUUCAAUCAAGCCUGCUGAUGGGGAAGGUGACCCUAUUAUUGUUGCAAUUAAGAAGCUUAACGCAGAUGGCUUCCAGGGUCAUAAACAAUGGGUGACCGAAGUUCAAUUUCUUGGUGUUCUGGAGCAUCCAAAUCUUGUCAAACUUUUAGGAUACUGUGCCGUGGAUGGCGAAAGAGGUAUCCAGAGACUUCUUGUGUAUGAGUUUAUGCGAAACAAAAGUUUAGACGAUCAUCUUUUCAACAAGGCAUAUCCUGUGCUUCCCUGGAAGACAAGAUUACAAAUAAUACUUGGAGCAGCUCAAGGAUUAGCUUUUCUACAUGAAGGGUUGGAAGUUCAGGUUAUAUAUCGAGAUUUCAAGACUUCCAAUGUGUUAUUAGAUGAAGAUUUGAAACCAAAGCUUUCAGACUUUGGGCUUGCUAGGGAGGGACCAAUGGCUGGACGAACGCAUGUCUCAACGGCAGUAGUUGGGACAUAUGGAUACGCUGCGCCAGAUUACAUUGAGACAGGGCAUCUCACAGCCAGAAGUGAUGUUUGGAGCUUCGGUGUGGUACUAUAUGAGAUUCUUACGGGCAGGCGAUCGUUGGAAAGAAACAGGCCGAAAGUGGAGCAGAAGUUAUUGGAAUGGGUAAAGCAGUUCCCUGCUGAUAGUAAAAAGUUUGGUUUGAUAAUGGAUCCACGACUUGAAAACCAGUAUUCUAUGAGUUCAGCUCGGAGGAUUGCCAGGUUAGCAGACAGUUGUUUGUUAAAGAGCGCAAAAGAUCGACCAAAGAUGAGUCAGGUGGCAGAGACCUUGGAACAGAUAAUCCAAGAUUCAUCAGAAGGAAGCCCUUCAAAGAAUAGUUUUGAAGCCACUGGAAAUGAUGACCUGAUUGACAUGAGUAAGAAGCCGGAUCAUAUAGAGGUCUCCGAGUCUUGGAAACGGCGAAUGGCACACCUGGCAAAACUCAGUGAGCACGUUGACGGUGCCAGUAGAAGAAGAUUUGUGAUCAUGCAGAGGGCCAAAGUACCCUGAAUUGAUUGCUGGCAUUGCAUAUUGGCGCACUGGUAUGUUCUGAUGAUUCAUUCCAAGCUAACUAGAUUAACUGGUUAAGAACCUCGCACGAACAACGUUUAUGUGGAAGUGAAUAGCUGGUUUCUAAAUAUGAUGAUGCUAGUAUAUGUCAUGGUAGUUUUAAUUGAAGAGGCAGGCCUUUUCUGUGUGCAGGCAAAUUGCGUGGAAGUAGUCUUUUGCUUUUUGCAUGGCUUCUGUAGCAGACUACUUGUAUAGAAACUUGUGAAUUACCAAGGAAAUAAAGCUUAUCGGGAAGAGGAUAAAUGGAUUUAAA